CUCUCUCUCUCUCUCUCUCUCUAGAGGGGAGCUUUCUUCUUCUUCUUCUUCUUCUUCUUCUUCUUCUUCCAUACAUCAUAGGAAGCAAGAGAUCUCCUUGCUUUCUGCAAACGGUAUAAUAGAGAUAGAGAGAGAGAGAGAGGAGAGAGGAGGAUGGGAGGGGAAAAUGGAGGGGAGGUGGGGAAGAAGGGGAGGCGGAAGUUCGCAGUGCUGCUGUGCGCUGAGGAGUCGGAGUACGUGAAGAAGGUUUACGGAGGGUACUUCAAGGUGUUCGUGGGGCUGCUGGGGGAGGAAGGGGAGACGUGGGACGUGUACCGCGCGGCGCGCCGCGAGCUGCCGUGCAUGGAGGACGUCGGCACGUACGACGGUUUCGUGAUCACCGGCAGCUGCAACGACGCCCACGGCGACGACCAGUGGAUCAACGACCUCGUCUCCUUCCUCAAGACCUUGGAUUCCCUCAAGAAGAAGGUCCUCGGUGUCUGCUUUGGCCACCAGAUUUUGAGCCGAGCUUUGGGAGGGAAGACUGGCAGAGCAAAGAAAGGAUGGGAUAUAGGAGUGACCUGCAUCCACCCCUCUCACUCCACCAUCAAGCUGCUGGCUUCUCUCCGCAUCCCCUCUCAUCUCCCUGUCAUCGAAUUCCACCGCGACGAGGUGUGGCAGCUGCCGCCCCAUGCGGAAGUGAUGGCUUGCUCGGAGAAGACCGGCGUCGAGAUGUUCAGAUGUGGAGAUCACAUCAUGGGCAUCCAGGGUCACCCGGAGUACAACAAAGACAUUCUCCUGCACCUCGUCGAUCGUUUGCUCCAGCGUAAUCUCAUUCAGACUUGUCAUGCUGAAGCAGCAAAGGCAAGCUUGGAUGCACAAGAACCAGAUCAAGAGGCUUGGAAAAGGCUCUGCAAGGGCUUCCUCAAGGGGCACAUCUCAUGGUAGCUAACCUUCUUCUGGAUCAAACAUGGAGCUAAAAGAUGUAACCCCUACUGAAUUCCACAACUUGUACAUUAGCAUCACGAGGAGCUCAUCAUCAGAAGUAGUUGCAUCAAUUUGGUUCAAAACUCACAUUCAUGUAGUAGGUGUUUCAGAAAAGAACAGUCAUUUCAAUCUGCUGUGUUGGAUGCAACUUGCUUAUAAGUUGUGGAUCAAUUUGAUCAAACAAGUACAUUUCUUUCUACUAAAUAAAUCAAUGAAGUUUAUCAGUGCUAA